AUGAGCCUCUGGCCUUCGCCUGGGGAGAAGCACGAUGUGGAAAUGGACCCCGAGGAGCGGAGCCUGAUGACCUUUUCCGACGUGGAGCAUAACCGUGAUAAGGAACGACCUGGGAGGAAGUAUCAUCAUGAGAACAACACCGGCAAUUUGUCUACAACCCCAGAGCCUGAGACUUCCAUUCUGGGCAGCAUCAAUGAGUCAGCUUCAGAAGUGCCUGUAAAGAGCUGGGCAACCUGGCAGAGCCGAUCCGUCACAUCCAAUGCGUCUGGCGGAAGAGAGAUCGGCGAGAAACGCAGACGGGAGCCAUGGGAUGCCAAUAAUCUAGUAUCCAUCUGGCUGGCGCUUUUCGGUAUGGAAUCUUCCUCUCCCGUCUCCCAAUCACUUUGCACCGCCCGAUUUCUUAGCUUCGACCACUGUCCAUAUCUGCUUAGCUGCCCCAGUUGCCUGCGCAUGUUCAAGAGCGUCACGGCACUAACCGCCCACUGUGAAUCGGCCCCUGUGCGCUGCAAGAUAAACAAGGAUAAAAAUUACGCUGCCAUCAUGGACGAGAUAUCCGCAGGACUGAUCGGGGCAGAUGGAGAAAACGAAGAUGGCUCCGUCAGGUAUAGAACCAUCUCAGCAGAGGAAGCUGGAAUUGACUUGAAGAAAGUCGAUUGA